AUGGAGAGCAAAAGGCAGUGGGGGAAGGCGCCCCAGGAGGCGAAGGGCGGAGGCGGCGGUCACCAAGUGGAUCUAGAUGAAGAGGAUGACCUGGAGGAGUUCCGGCUGCCCAUGAGCCACCGCCCCACCGAGAACCUCGACACGGAGGGGCUCGAGCAGGCCUCCGUCCACACCCAGCUCACCGCGUCCAACGUCGGCUUCAGGCUGCUGCAGAAGAUGGGUUGGAAGACCGGCAAGGGGCUCGGCAAGAACGAGCAAGGUAUACUAGAGCCAAUAAGAGCUGACAUCAGAGAUGCAAAAUUAGGUGUUGGGAAGCAAGAGGAAGAUGACUUCUUCACAUCUGAAGAGAACGUGCAACGAAAGAAACUGAAUAUUGAACUUGAGGAGACUGAGGAACAUAUAAAGAAACGUGAGGUCAUAGCAGAGCGUGAGCACAAAAUCCGCAGUGAAGUCAAGGAGAUACAGAAGGUGUUCUUUUGCAACCUCUGCAAUAAGCAGUACAAGCUGGCUCAUGAAUUUGAGAGUCACUUGAGCUCAUAUGACCACAAUCAUAGGAAGAGGUUCAAAGAAAUGAGAGAAAUGCAUAGCAGCAGCGGUAGCCGUGAUGACAGGCAGAAACGUGAACAACAUCGAGAAGAGAAGGAGCAGGCAAAAAUUGCUCAACUCAACGCCAAUGCCUAUAUUGUUAAGUUGACCACAUUUUCAUUGCAAGUACAGGUUCUAGUUGGCAGUGCCAGCAAGAAGCCAAAGGUGGCUACAAAAGUUUCUUCGGUCUUCGGUAAUGAGAGUGAUGAGGACUCGUGA